AUGUAUCGAGUUGAGAAAGAUCGUGUCAGAUCUUCACGCUCGCGGCCUGUGUCUUGCCACUUCUGUCGAUCGAGGAAGCUGAAGUGCAGUCGGCUAUUCCCUUGCACCAACUGCACUAGUCGGGGCAAGACUUGCCAGCUCUAUCCUACUACAACAUUGCCUGCCAGUCCUCAGUACCAGACUGAUGAACUGUCUGGCAAUGACCAUACAGAUGUAUUGGCCCGCUUGCGAAGGCUGGAAGAGAUCGUGAUCACCAAUAACCCAGCGUCUAGUCCCUUGGGACAAGCUACUGCCCAGGCUUCGUCACUCCCUUCUCCUCCUCCCCAAAAGUCAAAUCAACUAUACAUGAUCGACAAAGGAGAGUCAUCUGCAGGGGCCGUCACUUGGCUAGAAGGCGAGAUCACAUCGUCAGGCUCCACGGGUAAUCUUUUUAAGUCUGAAAUUGAAUUCAGAACUUGCCCCAUUCGUAAUGCAGUGGGAUCUGGACCAAUGGUACAUCAAGCCCAGCCCACGAAAAGAUGUAUCUGGCUACCACUCCACGACGAAGCGAAAAUAAUAGUGGAAAAGUACAUCACAGAAAUCACUUUCCUCCAUCAUGUCGUUAUCACCCCUUCUCUACGCACCAUGGUAGAUGAACUCUAUUGUGAGCUGAGAGAAAGCAAGCCGGUCAAAAUUGGGUACAUUUCUUUGCUCUUGAGCAUUCUCGCCAGUACCACGUCCUUCUGGACUGAACGAGACAUGUGCAACCCCAUCUUUUCGACUCCUGAAGAAGCAGUUGCGCAGUCUACCCAGUGGAUGAGACUUGCGCUGGAGGUGGUUGAUUACUCGCGUUACAAACACUUCGAGUCAAUUCAAGAUAUCCAAGCGAUGGUCAUUUUAAUAUUUGUGACUGCCAGUAUCCUGGGAAUUACAUCUCAAGUUCGGCAUAUACUUUCCGUUGCCAUCUCAGUUGGAAGAGAACUAUCCUUGCAUCGGAUCGACCAUCCAUAUAAUUCCAACCUAGAUGUGCCUGCGCCGUCCUCUGCAGAAGCAGAGAUAUGCAGAAGAGUGUGGUGGUAUCUCGUGGCGACUGAUUGGCAGAUGUCGCAAAUAUCUGGCCCCCAGAAGGGCAUAUAUUCAAUUGAUCCACGCCACAUGAUGACCAAUAAACCUCGCAAUGCGAAUGAUGAAGACAUUGUAGAUGGGAUGGUUGGAGUUGGAAAGCCACUCACCCACCCCACAUCGAUGUCGUACUGUCUCCAGCGGAUUCGAUUGGGCGAGUUUUGCCGCGAAAUCACAGAUUGCGCUCCAUUUGGAAUGUCAAAUCCAGGAAGCCCGGACUACGAGCACACGAAACAGAUUGACGGCAAGAUCUGUGAAUUCGCUGAGAGUCUACCCUCGUUCUUUUCGUUGGCCUAUAGGUCAGACGAGCUACCAAAAACCGAUCCACGGAAAUCUACCGGAAUAAUCAUUCAACGGUACAUCAUCAAUUUUCUGCUUCAUGCCCAAAGGUGCAGGCUUCACUUGCCUUAUCUGUCGCGAGCGUCUAAGGAUCCUGCGUACGAUUAUUCACGGAAAGCAUGCCUGGAAGCAGCUCGAAUGGUGAUCCGAGCCGAACGCCAACUCUCGCUAGAGAUGAUCCCCUUUGUGAUCGCGCGACUAAGACUUUCAGGCUUGCUACACUGCGUCUGCGUGGCGAUCAUGGUUCUCCUCAUAGACUUUUGUGGGAGUGGUUGUUCCCAGGAAAAGGACCUAACGGAAAUUUUGGAAGCAUUUUCAAUCCUAGAAAAAGCUAAAGAGGACUCCCCUUUAGCAGGAAGGCUACUGGAAACCUUCAAGACGGCACUUCGCCGGCACAGUGCUUCGGGUUCAGCUGUCGAAGAAAUUACAGCCACGCAUUCCAUCGCUCAGGACCGCGACGCUUCGCCGGGACUUGCCUGUGGCUCUCCGACGCUUACAAACAUGACAUAUCCAACAGGCAGGAACGUCGAUGACCUCCUGAUGGACCCCACGUUGCCUACUCUGGAUGACCUCUGGCAGGUAUUCGAUGACAAUGUGGACUCGGGGACUAUGGACUGGAAUAGCUUCUUUGCUGAUUCAGAUAGUGCAUUUUUGUCUAUGUAG